UUGUUCAAAGUUCAGGCUUCUUGGGUAGAUUAGUAAGAGGAGGGUGGUUUUACAGAAAGGUCUGCACAGUACGCAACAGUCAUGCCUUAGCAGGUCCCUGCUUGUCUUUUCCUCCUGUCAUGGGAACAGGGACAGACCGCUCACUCAGUUUGAAUAACGCAGUACAGAUGACAACAUCCUCUUAGCUGAGAAACUCCCUGAUGGCUCUCACGCAAGUGCAGAACCAGACAGUAAAAGCAGAGAGGAUCAAUAAAGAAACAGGGGAGCUGAGUGCUUCUGGGGAGUUAUCUGUCUCACUGGAGUUGAAGACUGAGAAAGUGGAGGGCUCUUGUGGGAACCCUGAACUCCUAGAGGUGCUCAGAGAACAGCUGCGGGAGCUGGGGAUUCACACGUGGUCGAGCCAUGACGCCAGGCCCGACAGCGUUCCUCUGGAGCAGCGAGAGGAGCUCCUGGUUAAAGUCUUGCCUCUCUACAUACAGGUCUGUGAGGACGGCGGUGGACUUGAAGGUGUGGAUAUAAAGGGGCUUGCAGCUCUCACUGCUGACACUGUCAUCCACAGUAUCCACAGCAGACUGGCGGAGAGGCCCGCAGAAAAGGCUCGUGAAGAGGUCGUGUGUUUCCUGAAGAGGCCAGAUGAGAAUGUCAGGUGUGAAAAAGACGCAGGUCACGGGUGGCUGCUGCUGAAGGCCCUUUUGCUGCUCACAUCUGACAAAUCAGAUGUAUUAUCCUGUAUAAGCCCAGGAUUACCCGCUGCUUUGGUAAAAUGCCUGUACCUGCUAGUGUGCCUUCCAGCCAAGAAGGAAAACAGCGCAAUAGAAAAUCGCUUUCAGGAACUUCUGACGCAGAUUUUUCUUCAACUCUGUGGGCAGCCAAGCAAUGUGGAGCGGCUGGUUGAGACUCAGGAACUGCAGUGUCUUAUCAUUGGACUCACGUCGCUGUGGGAUCAAACCAGUGCAAACUGGAGGCACCAGGCCUCCCGCAUCCUCAAAGCCGUCUCCGCUGUGCCGACGAGAAGCAUUGUCUCAAGCUUGUUAGACAAGAACUGUAUAAGAAUCUGCAUCCAGAAUUUGCAGCACAUCAGCGCUGAUGUGUCAGGACCGUUGCUUGCUGAGGUGGCUGUGGCCGUGUUCGGCUUCAUCAGAGACACCUAUCAUCUCAGCCCGGCCCUCUUCAUCAAGUUUGACACCAACAACGGCUAUGAGGCCCUUGAGGGUAUCCUGAAACGUUGUGAGGAGGGCGUGUCCUUGGACCAGUUUCAACCAGUGCAGGAGUUGCUGGCUCUCAUUGCAUCCUUCACUCUUCUCGGAAAAAACGAGCUAAAAAUGGCUCUGUGUGUCUCCAACCCUCAGCCUCCAGGCUUUCAGUUUGACCCACCGCUCACCAAAGGCUUAGCGGUGAAGAACCUGCCGGCGUUCCAUCUGCUGCAGGCCUCUUUGCUGCGUUCCCAUGAUUCCCUCUUGUGCUGCCAGCUUCUUCAAACCCUAAAGACAAUAUGGGAGAAGGACCCGGCCAAUUUCUUCCUGUUGGAGUGGACGGUCCAGUCGAUGGCCCAGCUGGCUGCCUGCGUAUGGCGUAAACCGCCGUCGGUUCAAACGCUCUUCUUUUCAAUGCUGCAUAUGGUUUUUUUUAAAUUUAACUACAUCCCCCAUGAGACCUUGCAAGCACUAACGGGUGUGCUGAAGAAGAGCUGGGCCGGAGCAUUGGCCGGUGGAGUUGCUGGGAUAGAAUUUGGUGUGAUGGCUCUCAAAUGUUUUCACGAGAUGACCGUGCACAGUGCAAUGCUGGUAGAAGUACUAAGUGACUUGGGUUUGCUAGAGCUGCUGCUUGGAGAACUUCGUAGGAGAGCUAAGAUCCUCAGGAAGGCUGGUGUCACAUCUUCCUCUGAAAAAAAUUCUCAGGAGGCGCUACAUGUUGAAGACAGCGAGAAAUUGCUCACUACCUGCAUGCUUCAAGUGGUUUCAACCUUUACUUUACGUUCCAUCAAAAACACUGUUUCGGUACGAGACCUGGGUAUGGUUCCCUACAUAAAGAUCUUCUUGGAUGAAGAUCAGUAUCGAGGUCCCACUCUGAGUAUUUUGGAGCAGCUAGCUGAAAUCAACCCGGAUGAAUACAUGAGCACAGCUAUCGGAGCCCUCUGCUCCUCCACGCAGCACGAACUCCGGCUGAAGCAGGACCUUUUGCAGUCUGUGCUGCGGGUGCUGGAGAGCCCCAGCAGUUGGGACGCCUUCAGGAGAGCAGGAGGCUUCCCUGGACUGCUGUCUCUGGUGAUCGACAUGGAAGGAGCGCUGUCCGAUCCUCCGGAGGGAGAAGUGUGGAGGACUCUGGGGCACCAACAGCUGCUGGAGCUCCUCCUCCUCACACUGCACAUCCUGGCCCUGGCUGUGCAUCUUCACACAGUGAACGCACACCAUUGUGAAACCGGUGGCUUUUAUGAAAGGCUGGCAGAGGCUCUGCUCCAGCUGGGCUGCUUCCACACGGAGGGCCCAGAGAAAGACACCUGGGAUGCAGAGAAAUGCUCCUGUCCCAAGACUGCAGAAGAGGACCAGUCUCCUGGAAAGAGCUUCUUGGAGUUUGUUGAGUCAGCACAUGCUUCAGUAACUACAUCUUCUUCUUCCACAUCGCCCCAGGCCAGUCUGCCGCUCAGUCUUAGCACAAGUAUAAGACUGCUCUCCUACCUCGACCAGUUUUCCACAGGGACCUUCUCUCCUCAGGAGUUAAAAUUGGGGCAAGAUCCUGAUAAUGGAUGUGAUGGAGAUAAAAGGACACUGCUUGAACCAACGGGGUAUGAAGGUGGGCUUUCAGAACCUUCCCUUUCCCUCUCAGAAUCCGGCCCACAGUCCACGGAGGACAAACAGGGAAGUUCCAGAAGCACCAACUCCACCAGUUCCUCCAUCUGUACCGAGACGCAGUACAGGUUCACUUGUGAUCAGACAAUCCUUCAUCCAGGAGCGAUCAGAGUUAUUAUGACUCUCCUUCCAAAUGUGUUUGCUCCCAAGGAUCCGCAGCUUUCUAUGGAGGUGCAGUUCUCACUGGCACACCACAUCCAGGCGAUGGUCAAAUCUGAGCGAAACCGGCAGAUCAUGUGCGAGGGCGGACUGGUUUCCACUCUCCUGGCACACUGCCGGAGCGUAUUCCUGGCUCCCCACCACCCGCUACAUCUACCUGUGACGCGCAUUUUGGAGAAGCUCUCCUCUCAGGCCAUAACACAUUCUGACUUCAGAAAGUUCCUGUGUUUAGGGGACCCGCUCAUGUGCUUCAGGGAUAAAACAACCAGGCCGGGGCAGAAAGGCUUUAACCCACCAGUUACAACUUCUUGCUCAAAUGAUCAGAACCCAAAGGAAGAUGCGGAAUCUGCAGUAAAGAAGCUGAGGCGAACUUUCAGCUUGUUACAGCCCACGACCGCGUGCGGGUCAGCGAUCCCGAUACACCAGAUCGUUAGCUUGGUGUCAAUAACAGCACCACGCACAUUUAGACCACACAAAGUCUCCUCAUCACCAGCCUUUGUAGAGUUUGACAUGAGUGAGAGUGGAUAUGGCUGUCUUCUCCUGCCUUCUCUGGCCACAGUGAAAGGUGUAACUGCCGAUUCGACCUCGACUGGUGGAAUUGGACGAGACUGCCGAAGUUUCCCACCUACGGCCGGCCUGACGUUUUCCUGCUGGUUCCAGAUCAACAGGUUCAGUUCGGCCUGCGAUUCCCACCCGAUCCGUCUACUGACGGUGGUCCGCCACAUGUCCCGAACUGAACAGCAGUACAUCUGUUUAUCCAUCUCUUUCUCAGCCUGUGACGGCUGUCUGGUCAUCUCCACUGAGGAGGAAGCAUUCACGUACCUUGAUAUGAUGGAGCCAGAAGUUUCCACCCCAACUUCUUUGCGUACAUCACUCAGGUUCCGCUGCUCCAGCAUGCUGGUUCCAGGCCAGUGGCACCAUCUGGCUGUCGUCAUGGCCAAAGACGUCAAGAAGAGCUGUCUGUCUUCAGCCUACUUCAACGGAAAGGCGGUGGGGGCAGGAAAGAUGAAGUACAUUCAGCCGUUUCCCGGCCAGCACGUCUCCAUGGACCCCACCGCUGUGACGGAUGUGUAUGGACUGAUAGGGACACCGGCUCCCUGGAAGGAUCAUGCAGCUCUAGUUUGGCGAGCUGGCCCUUCAUACCUCUUUGAAGAGCCUCUGAGCUCUGAGGCUGUCGGCGUUUUACACUCACAAGGCACUGCAUACCUGGGCAACUUUCUGGCUCUGCGUAACCAUGAGUCUCCCCCUAUUAGACUGGUUCCUGAGGAGAGGAUCUCAUUUGGCAUCAACCCAGCAGUCUGCACCCUAACAACUGUGGUGCAGAUCAGAGAGGAAUACAAUGAGGUGGAUUGCAGACUUAUUGCCAAAGAGAUGGGGAUCACAUCUCGGGAUCACUCCACACCUGUUUUCCUUGCUCAAAACAUCAGCCAACACCUGAGUGGUACAGCUCGCACCAUUGGAGCUGCCUUGAUUGGACAUUUUGGUGUUCGAACUUUCAAGCCCAGCUCUGCUUCCAAUGGUUUUCUGUAUGUCGGUGGGCCUGCGGUGGCUCUCAGCCUCGUUGCCAUGGCGCCAGAUGAUAGCUCUUUGUAUGCGGCUGUUAAAGUUCUUCUGAAUGUGUUGGAGACCAACUCCGCCAUGCAGGAGGAAAUGACCCGCAUCAAUGGAUAUAAGCUGCUAGCUUUCCUGUUGAAAACGAAGAGCAGUCUGGUCAGCCACCGGACCUUUCAGCUGGCUCUGUGCCUCUCCAGCUCAGUGGAGCUGAGCUAUGGCUCUGGUUUCCUGCAAAACACACCUGCUUUCCAGGCUCUGCUGUCUGACUUGGAGGUGUGGCAGAACACUUCAGAUAACCUGGACCUCUCAGUUCUGAACUACUUUUCUAAGAUCCUGAAAUCAGCAAGCGACGACGGCAGGAAUGCUGCGGUCAUGCACAGUGUGGGCCUGAUACCAAAACUGUUGUUUGAGUUGUCUGAUCCCACCGUGACCGUUCAGAAGGUUACGAUUAUUUCUUGCAUCUUCACAUCCCUCCUGACGGCACACUUGACCCCUCUCGACAUAAGCAGACUUGGGCUUUUCCUGGUCUACACGCUCCCUCCUUCCAGUAAUGAGACAGAAAGCAGUAUGAUCUCUGAUAAGGACCUUUACCAGGAAAUGCCAGCUCAGAGUUCUGGUCCAGCUAGUCUCAUCUGGAUCCGCAACCAGAUGUUACUUGUGCUUUGUGAAGUCCUCAGCUCGGACAGCUCUCUGAUCAAAGAUCAACAGAAAGCAGUGUUUGAAUGCCUUGGCUGUGAUUGGUUCCUGCUCUUCCUUCAUGCCCAUCUUCACCCGUCCACAUCCAAACUGGGUCUCGUUCUACUCACGCAGUUCUUGUCGAGUCCCAGCCAGCAGAGGAGCUUCAGAGAGGGCGUGCUCCCAGGAACGCUCAUAGAAGGCACAGAGGAGCCGUUUGCUUUCAUGGACAAUCUUCGAGCCCAUCCUUGGUCUCAUGAGUGCCAGAGCGCCACAUGUCCAGGCUUUGAUGUUCUCCGGGAGUUAUUGAUCAAGCAGCAUCACGUGCCUCAGGUGUAUGCUGCUGUGGCUGCUGUGCUGCUGGGGAAGCACAUGAGUCAAACUGCAGAGGGAACGGUUCAGUUAGAUGACGUCCUACAGUCGCUGAUUGACAACAAAUCUCCUGCUCAGCAGCUCUGUGUGGAGGCUGCUACAAUACUACUGGAAUUAGUCAAAGUCAACAUCACUCAGACUGUUUUUCCAGCUAAGCACUUCUCUGGCACUGAUGCAUCAUGGGAGCUACGGUUUCCAGCAAGUGUGAUGCAGUUCCUCUGUCUUCUCCACAACCUCCGGCCUAGAGACCCACUGUGGGCGUCGCCUACCUUCCUGCAUGGACUUGCAGCUGUUGUGUACCCCAUGCAGACUGAGCCUAGUCUGAUGAAUGAAACUGAGGACACGGUCAGCAGUCAUGCGACCAGGAAGCCGGUGCUUGACUUCAUGCGUAUCCUGCUGAUGGACAGUCUUCUAAACGUGCCGGCCAGCGCCACCACACAUCCUAUGAUUUUGCUGCUGGAGUUUUCCCCUGAUGGCACCACGCUGCAACAAAGACAGAGUUUUCAGUCUGAACUGGUGGAGCUGAUCAUGAACAUCAUCCACAUGCUCAGCCAUGAAGAAGACAACAACACUCACCUGAGCUCACAAGAUUGCAAAAAUCAAAUGCCUGAUGGACAGAUGGGCACACUGAUGGAGAAUGUGGUGCUUUUCAGUAAGACAUUGCUGCAAAAGCUCUGUGAUGGAACCCUCAUCGGAAACGCUCAGAUUGUGCUCGACUUCCUUGCCGAUCAGAUUGUGGCGGCUCUGGAGAAAGGUCAGCCUCAGAAAGAGAAGGUUGUUUCGGCCCUCUACUCAUGCACCAACAGAGUCCUGCUUCAUUUCUUGUCUCAACCCCGGCAUUCCCAAGAAGAAAAGGAAUCCAUCAUCAGGGCAUUGCAGACUUUCAUGGAACGCUGGGAUGUUGUCAUGGCAACCUACAAUGCAAAUGUGAACUUCAUUACUUGCCUUCUUCAUUGUCUAUUGCUGAUUUGCUCUGGCAGCUACCCUGAAGGUUUUGGGAGUGUGACACAAAAAAUGCGCAAGAGGAAAACUUCAUCCUGUCCUUCCAAAACCAGUCAUCCUGAAAGCAUCGACAGUGAAGCAGUCAUCAUGACAGAUGACAAACAACUCGUGUCCUUAGCAGAGACCUGCUGGUCAAAGGUCAUUUCAGAGCGGCAACACAUGCUAGAAGAAAGCUAUAAGAUUGAGAUCUCAGCGAGGCCCACAGCAGAGACGAGGCCCGUCAGCAUGAGUGAUGUCAGCCCUCUGUGGGAGGAGAUGGCACAUAAAGCCUGGCUGCUACACACAGAGUCUCAGAAGAAGACGACGGCUAGCAGCUCUCAGAAGACGUUUGAUAUGAUCGGCAAUGCUUUUCGCUCCAUUCUGAAUAAAGACCCCAAGUGUAUGAAGACAGGGGAGUUUCUGUUAAACAUGGAGUCCCAUCGGCAGAGAGGCCAAAGCAUGUUUGAGAAUAUUAGGAAAAACCACCUACAGUUACGAGCCACCGAGUGGGAUCGUGUGAGCUCUCAGUGGCUCUGCGUGGAGGCCGAGCUGCUGAGGGAGAGAGCUGUAUUUGGACCAGGACCUGGGGUGCUGUUGGGCCAAAACUGGGUGCAAGACUCUGCAGAAGGACCCAACAGGACCAGAUUACGCAUCCGCAGAAAAGCCCUGAGACGAUCCAAACCGGUGCUAGGAACGUUGUGUCUGGGUUUAAGGUCCGAGGGUAACAGAGGUAGAGUGGAGGCUGACACAGAACCCAAAAUCUUGUGUGAAGUUGGCACAGAGGCAAAAGACGAGGAAUCAGAGGGAGGAGACUGUUGUGAACGUUUGACAUUCUUCCCUGCUCUGAAUGAGACAGCUUUAGCCACUGAGGGCGUACCUGACCCCUCCACCCCUGAGCCGUGCUCCCACACUGAAGACUGCCCAGAUAUACGCACCAUCCUGCUGGAGCUCCAACCCGGGGAGAAGGUGAAGGCAAGGAUGUGUGUAGUGAUGGUGAGUGGCUUGAGAGUCACAGAGGGCUUGCUGCUGUUUGGGGACGAGAGCCUGCUCUUGUGUGAGGGAUUCACUCUCAGCUCGACUGGAGACGUUUGUUGCAGGAGACACUACCCCAGCAGUGUGAGAGAUUCCUUUAUUUCCACCAUGCUGAGUAAAGAGCUGCCAACAGCCAACUGCAGACGCUGGCUCUACGGGGAUAUCAAAGAGGCCCGCUUCAUGCGGUUCCUUCUAGAGGACAAUGCUAUUGAAAUCUUCAUGAAAAACGGACACUCUGCUUUCCUGGUUUUCCUAAAUAAAGACCACGUCUCUGCAUACAAAAGAUUGAGUACAGUCGUGCCAGCGUUAAAAGGCAGAGCAGUUGCUGAUGUCAUUGCUAAUGCCAAAAAGACUCCUGUGAUUGAAAAGACAGCGCUUAUUAAAUGGCAGAAAGGGGAGAUGAGUAACUUUGAGUAUUUGAUGCAUCUGAACACCAUCGCUGGAAGGACAUACAAUGACUUGAUGCAGUAUCCAGUUUUCCCCUGGGUUCUUGCUGACUAUCACUCAGAGAUGCUUGAUCUGACAAAUGUUGCAACGUUCCGCGAUUUGUCAAAGCCAAUGGGAGCUCAAACGGAGAGAAGGAAACAGAUGUUUAUUCAGAGAUAUGACGAGCUGGAGAACAACGAGGGUGAAGACUUGUCAGCACGAUGCCACUACUGUACCCACUACUCCUCUGCCAUCAUUGUGGCUUCCUACCUUGUCAGGAUGGAGCCGUUUUCACACACUUUCCAGACGCUGCAGGGAGGGCUUGAUAUCGCAGAACGGAUGUUUUACAGCAUAAAGAAAGAGUGGGAGUCAGCCUCCAGGGACAACAUGGGAGACGUCAGGGAGCUGACCCCGGAGUUCUUCUACCUGCCCGACUUCCUGCUCAACUCCAACAACAUCCAUCUGGGUCUUAUGGAGGACGGUACUGCUCUGGGAGACGUGGAGCUGCCUCCGUGGGCUAAAGGAGACCCCCAGGAGUUCAUUAGGAUCCAUCGCGAGGCCUUAGAAAGCGACUAUGUCAAUUCCCACCUCCACCUUUGGAUCGACCUAAUCUUUGGAUACCGGCAGCAAGGUCCGGCUGCUGUAGAAACUGUCAACACAUUCCAUCCUUAUUUCUAUGCACAAAGAGGCCGACAAGAUGCCAAGGAUCCCCUCAUCAAGAGCACCAUCUUGGGAUAUGUCAGCAACUUUGGACAGGUUCCCAAACAGCUGUUCAUCAAGCCCCAUCCACCUCGCAGCGGCUCCAAGAAAGAGGGGUCGUCACCAGCCGGUCCAACUCCAUUUUUUUUCAAACUGGAUAAAUUGAAGACUUCUGAACAACCAUUCAGAGAGCUGCCAAGAGGCCCAGUGGGUCAGAUAAUGUGUCUGGAAAAAGAAGUGUUGGUCCUGGAGAGGAACCGGCUCCUCUUGUCACCUCUGCUGGGCUGCUACUUCAGCUGGGGUUUCCCAGACAACAGCUGUGUCUUUGGAAACUGUGCCACAGAUAAGAACUUUGCAGUGAGCGAGAGUCCCUGUGACUGGGGCGAGACAUUGUGCGCCACUUGCCCCAACCUGACAACGGUCAUCACUGCAGGAACCAGCUCCGUAGUGUGUGUGUGGGAUGUGGCUGUCAGCAAGGACAAACUCUCUCACAUGAGGCUCAGAGAGCCGUUGUACGGUCACACAGAUGCAGUGACGUGCCUGGCUUCGUCUGAAAUCCACAGUUUGAUAGUUAGUGGCUCCCGUGACCUCACGUGCAUCCUGUGGGACUUGGAGGAGCUAAGCUACAUCACCCAGUUAGCAGGACACACAACCAGCAUCUCAGCUUUGGCUAUCAAUGAACUCACGGGGGAGAUUGUGUCGUGCGCAGGACUGUCGCUCUACCUGUGGACCAUGAAGGGCCAGUUGUUGACCUGCACUGAUACUUCCUGCGGGCCUCAGGCAGACAUCCUGUGUGUCAGCUUCACACAGCGACACGAGUGGGAUGCCAGGAAUGUCAUUGUCACAGGCUGUGCAGAUGGCAUCGUACGGAUAUGGAGGACAGAGUACACCAGAACACAAUUACCUGGCCCUCCAGAAGAACCUGUGUCCCCAGGGCUCGACCAAACGGAGAGAGACGUGGGCAGCUCAUGCCAGGUUAAAGGCUGGAAGAGGCGUCUGAUGUUGUGUCAAGAGCUGAACAGAGGUCAGGCUGCGUCGCAGCGCCGCUACAAAAACAGUCCAGCCAUCACAGCGUUGGCAAUGUCCAGGACUCAUGCCACUCUGUUGACAGGCGAUGCCUGGGGCAGAGUUUUCACCUGGACCUCGUCUGCUGCUUCCAGGAUUUAUACUUGAUGUUAACUGCCGGGUCACAGUGAUCAGACGUUGCAAUCAGAAACUCAUCUCUGGCCAAGGUUUCUGUCCCUUCAGGUAUUUUUAAUAGAGACUUUUACUAGAAACUACUUUAUUGGCAGAUGAUGGACAUGCUUCAUUUGUCAUUUUGUGCUGUUUUGUAUCGUUUGGACCAAAAAUAUUUCAUUUCUGAAGCAGAGACAUGUCUUACACUUUGAGGAGAAAAAUAAAAAUUGCACUUACAUAAAUCAAA